UUUCUCGUCACACUGCAUCUGGGUCUGCUAUGACUGCUGCCUCCAGAUGAACUAAACCCAGUUGCCAGGACUACUUUGUCCUGUGUGCACAGGCAUCUCUGGUUACCUUUAGAGCUUUUGGAUUUUUUGUCUUCUCAAUGAUAUAAUUGUUCUAAUCUGCUAAAAAAGAAGUCUAUCUGAAAAAGCCAGGAGCACAGAACACCACUCUUCUUUUUUUCUUCCCUUGUCUCAUCUAGGAUAGUUGACUUCCGUAACGUUUAUUUUCAACAGCCUCUUUCAGCUUCCUGCCUCUGCUGUGUUUCCACCUCUGGAUGGGGCAGGGGUUGAACUGUGGCAUCUGGCAGAGGCCAGGUUUAACGUGGGAUUUAUCCUGAAUAAAAUACUUGCAGAAGAAAAAGAAACAUCAUUUGACUCACUGAAGAUUUUAAACCGACAGAGUCACGUGUGAGGAAACAACAUUUUCGUCUCAAGUGGUGGAAUCAAGUCAUAAGAAGUAAAGAGAUAUGGAUGGUUUCUCACUAAAUGGAAGUUAUAUAGAAGGUCUCUAAGACCACUGCAUCUCUCCAUCUCACUCCUGCUGCACAGACACUGCACCCUUGGCCUGGGACAUUAAUAAAAUGCUGGAUUCAGUCAAGUGUGUUCUGGUGGGAGACUCUGCUGUUGGGAAAACAUCUCUCUUGGUACGUUUCACCUCUGAGACUUUUCCAGAUGACUACAGACCCACUGUAUAUGAAAAUACUGGAGUGGAUGUCUUCAUGGAUGGUGUACAGAUCAGCUUAGGUCUUUGGGACACAUCUGGCAGUGAUGCCUUUAAAGGCAUUCGCCCCCUCUCCUACCAACAGGCAGAUGUGGUAUUAAUGUGCUACUCGGUAGCAAACCACAAUUCCUUUCUGAACCUGAGGAACAAAUGGAUCAGUGAGAUCCGCAGCCAUUUGCCCCGCAUCCCCGUUUUGGUGGUGGCCACUCAGACUGACCAGCGUGACGUGGGUCCUUACAGUUCCUCCUGCAUCAGCCCUAUAGAUGGAAAGCGGCUCGCCCAGGACGUGCGAGCCAAAGGCUAUUUGGAGUGCUCUGCCCUCAGCAACAGGGGCGUGCAGCAGGUGUUUGAGUGUGCCGUGCGGACAGCGGUCAAUCAAGCCAAAAGACAGAGCAGGCGGAAGCUCUUCUCCAUUAACGAGUGCAAGAUCUUUUGACGACUGUCAGCAGCGGUUUUGCUCACAUUUGUUCUUUCUGUUUUCUCACAAAGAUACUGCAGCAGAGAGAAUGGGAAGUGAAUCGAGGGAGAGCUCCUGGCAGGACCACAGUGCAGGUGCCUCUUGUGAGACAGAUGUGCUCUUUAUCUGAUCCUCUACCCUUACAAAACACAAGAGCGCUAUCUUGAAAAAUUAAAGGUGCAUACCCUUAUUCACAAGCCUGUGUUUGGACUUUGCUAGCCUGAACUGGAGCGGGCCUAGCCUGCAGAUCUGCAGAUAACAGCAGUACUGAUUUUGGUUUUGUUUCUGUCAAUGUUCCUCAGUUGUUGGUUUGUCUGCAUCUGCAUUUAUUUAAUGAUGAACUUCUGCCUGGAUCAGCCCCCACCUCCGUCCUUGUGGAUAUUUUUUUUUACUUAAGAAUGUAGUAUGUAAAA